GACACUAGUCUAAAUUCGUGAUGCUAAACGUAUCAUCAGAGCUACGGAGUUGCUGCUCACUGCAAGCGACCUUCGGGCCGCCUGAGCAAAGGAAAACGAGACGAUUGAACGGGUUACAAUUACCUCUGCAUCCUCAACAAGUGGCCGGUUGGUUUGUCUUGAUUGGACUGACCACAAGCACUGGUCUGCUGGUGAUACCGCAGCUGGCACCGGGUCUCCGAGAACCCAUCACUUGUCUUCUAGCUCUGGUCCUUCUGAUCCACGUGCUCGCCCACAUCACGGCUCUGCUCUUGGAUCCAGCAGACCCCAAAGUCCGCCGUCAGCCGACGAACCUCGUGGUCCCUGAGUUCGAUCGUACAAAACACCUCCAUGUUAUUGAAAACGGGCGUUGUCAUCUCUGUAACAUCACUACGAGCUGCAAGCGCACUAAGCACUGCUCAGUUUGCAAUAAAUGCGUACGUAAUUUCGAUCAUCACUGCAUGUGGCUGAACAACUGCAUCGGUGGGCGCAAUUACGCGGCAUUCAUUGUCUGCGUUGUUUCAGCGAUCACAGCAGCUCUGACAGUCGUCGGAUUAACGAGUGCUGAAGUCACAGCGACCUUUGAGUACUGGAAUAAAAAUUCAACGAUGGACAACAUUACGCUGCCUUUUCUGCCGAUUCAAGGCACCAGCUCACUCGUAAUUAUUUCCGUCGUUGGAAUUUUGUCAGCAAUUGCCGCUGCUCUGUUGAUACACCUGUGUUUCUUUCACGGCUACAUCGCGUGUCUGGGACUAACAACUUACGAGUAUGUGAGAAAUAAACGUGAAAAAAACGCCAGCAAUAAUGCAUUGCAGCACCAGAAUCAACAGAUUAAUAAUGAGGCUGCCAACGCUUUUUGCACGGAAAUGAACCAAUAUCACUUUUGCAAAACGGUCAGUGCUAAAGAGGGUAAUCAGCCAGAUUCAAAUCAAGUGUUUAUAUGCUCAACUCACACACAGUCGUCGAAUAACGAGAUAAGCAAAGAGAAACGUAACUUUCAUUUGUAUUUUUCUUACAAAACUCACAACGACGCAACGUCGAUCGAAUUGUCAUCGAGAUCAACGCUGGAUGACCAGGUACUGAGAAGACCAAGCAUUGAGCAGCCGAUUGAGCUGAAACCUUCAACGCCGUCUCCAGUUUCCUGCUGCUUCUCCAUCAUGAAUCAUCACAACUGGUCCGAGAAGAGGAGCAAGCAGAAAAAGUCUCGCGAGACCGAGGAGAAACCCAUGACUCGCUGCACUACUGUCCGCAGAAUCCAGUCAUUCCUAAGAACGCGACUCAGAAAAAAUCCACGAGCGCGGGCUCUCGAAACCUCCAGAAGCCGUAAAAAUCGCGUGACUCCUGUCACGAGUCCAGACUCAGACAAGGAACUCCAAGUUCAGACAAUCGCAGUGCCAGUUUCCCCGAAAGAUCCUGAUGCUGUUGUACAGAGACCAGUUAAACUUCCACCGCUUAAUCUUCCGUCCAGACGCAGCCAGACGUUGAAUGGAUCCAUCGAUGGGUUGGACUCUCUAGCAGCCUCCAGCGAAGUAAUUUUUGCGCUGCCUGUUGUCAAAAGAACCCAGCACCGGAUUCGUCGUCCGUCGCUCCAUCGCCGGCCCAGGUUCAAAAUGAGCCCCCAUAUCACGCAAUCCGCCCAAUUGUCGCCGAUUCCCGAAUCGGAAUUAUCGAAACCGGCCUCGCCGCGUUCGCCGCAGCUCAACCACUUUUCCUUUCCUCCGACUUCAACCGACUAAUCUUUUUAAAACUUUUACAAACAAGAGCUUACUUAAUGUAUCAUAAGUGAUGAUAGUGUCAUUGGAUUUAUUUUUUUAGCAGCACGUUCACGAAACGAGCAACGAAUAGAAAGUUAUUUCCAUCCGUCCUGCUAAGUCCUAACUCACCAUCAUUCAAAUCUACUGAUCAUGUGUAAAUAAUCGUACAUAUCCUCGCUAUAAACUCCAUUUGAAUAAUAAUCAAAGAAGAAAUGAUUACUACUAACUGAUAACUGAUAACUGGUAAAAAAAACAAUAAACUCGCUGUUAUUUAAAAGCUGAUAGUUCAAUCCCCUCAGUACCUGGUAGAGACUGGUACCUAAAGGGGAACAGAAGUAAACGAGUGAUUGUCAAGCCGUACAUCCUCUACUAUCCUUAAAAGGAAUCUCGUUAUAAUCGCGUGACAAAAUACUUUGUACUUUGUAGCGUGCGUGUAAUGGCAGUCACGUAAUGUGUAGCCGACUGGUAAUAGAAUAGGCUGGCUGGUUGAAAUGGUUUUAAAUAAAUAAAAAAGUUCAUAAAAAUCCAUUUUUUAUUGUAAUUCUAAGUCGUAAUUACUUCGGAAAUAGCAAGUGAAUAAAAUAGCUGGUAAAAAGUCAUUGACUUGCUGUUAGAAAUAUAAAUACUCAUUUUUAUUUAA